UGGCAGCCCCCUUGUGUUGAAAAUCUGUAAAAUCCACGUAUUUCAUACUCGAUUCCCUAAUAAUCCGCUCUGUUGCUCGUCGUAUAGACCACUUCCUCUCAUUCUCUAACAUAAUAGGGUUGAUAGCUAUGAAAAAUGGCCAUUCCCAUGGAGAAAAAAGUGAUGGAAGACUUGUCAAAGGCCGCCCGGACUCUGGGGUUUGGCACCAUGGAUAUGCUCUUCAAGAUCAAGAGCACUGUCUCUGGUGCUCUGCCAGGUAAUCCUGUCACUCGUGAGUUUGAUGUCGGGCGUCAUGUCGCCAGUGCUGGACCAGGACUGCUCUGGAAAGUGUUUGAUGGCUACAAGAAAUCAACGAAAGAGGAAGCAUCAGUGUUUGUCUUUGAAAAGAAACAGUUAGAACGUUAUUCUAAACGAGACAAGGAGAUAAUUACUGAGACACUAAAACAUGGUGUGGCCCGCUUGACCAGGUUACGACAUCCAAAGAUAUUGUCUGUGCUGCACCCAGUCGAGGAAUCAAGGGACAGUCUUGCCUUUGCUACAGAGCGAGUAUUUGCUAGCCUUGCCAAUAUGCUGGGCUUCCAUGAGAAUAUGCCCAGCCCUGUACCAGCUGAUGUCAAAGAUUGUAAACUUUAUGAUUUGGAGAUCAAGUAUGGUUUGCUGCAGGUAGGAGAGGGUGUUGCAUUCCUCCAUAACGAUGCAAAGAUGAUGCACAACAACAUCUGCCCGGAGUCUAUCGUGAUCGUUAAGAACGGAGCAUGGAAGAUGGCUGGAUUUGAUUUCUGUCUCAAUAACAUCGGAAGUGACACCAACGUGAUAUUCCAGUUCAAAGAGUGGGAUGCUGACUUCCCCCACGUAGCUCAACCCAAUCUGAACUUCCUUGCACCGGAGUACAUCCUGACAUUAACGUGUUCCACGGCCAGUGAUAUGUACAGUCUCGGUAUACUCAUGUAUACCAUAUUCAACAAGGGAAAGCCGCUAUUUGACUGCAGGAACCAGAUGUCAACUUACAAGAAAAAUGUAGAAGAGCUCCGGCAUAUGAAAAACUCACUCCUCGGCUCCAUACCUGACGACGUCCGGGACCAUGUCAAGAUGUUACUGAAUGCUGAGCCAACAGUCAGGCCGGAUGCCCACCAGAUAUCUAAGAUACCAUUCUUUGAGGAUGUUGGGGUGGUGACUCUGCUCUACCUGGAUUCUCUCAUCCAGAGAGACAACCUACAGAAGUCUCAGUUCUUUAAGGGAUUGCCCAAAGUGCUGGAGAAGAUGCCUGCACGAGUGUGCACACAGCGUAUCCUGCCAGCACUGUUCAGUGAGUUCAUGAACCACGAUAUGAUCCCGUUUGUUCUCCCAAGUGUUCUCCUCAUAUCGAACCAACUCAGUGAUAAUGAGUUUGUCAAACACGUCUUGCCAUCGUUGAUCCCUGCAUUCCAGAUUGCUGUCCCUAUUCAGAUUUCAUUAAUUUUCAUCCAAAAUAUGAAUAUACUUCUGAAAAAGACUCCAUCAGCUGACGUGAAGAAUCACAUACUUCCAAUGAUCUACCGGGCCCUAGAGGCAGAUGUACCACAGAUUCAGGAACUGUGCCUGAAUAUCAUUCCAACGUUUGCCAGCCUGAUUGAGUACAGUGCUAUGAAGAAUGCCAUUAUGCCAAGGAUCAAGAAACUCUCCUUGAAUACCUCAUUACUAGGGGUGCGUGUUAACUGUCUUGUGUGUGUUGGUAAGCUGCUUGAGUUCAUGGAUAAGUGGUAUGUCCUUGACGAAGUGCUUCCACUGCUGACAGAGAUACCAUCGAGAGAGCCUGCUGUGCUGAUGAGUAUAUUAGGUAUUUACCAAGUUGCAUUUUCCCACAAGAAGCUGGGCAUAACGAAAGAUUCGCUGGCGUUAAAAGUCCUGCCAUACCUCAUCCCCCUCUCUAUUGAUAGCAAUCUCAAUUUGAAACAGUUCAAUGCAUUUAUUACUGUGAUAAAGGAAAUGGUGUCAAGAGUGGAGUCGGAUCACCGAGGGAAGUUAGAGCAGCUCAACUCCAUGCAUCAAGAACAAAGAGAUUUGUCACCGUCUACCCUAGUUGGCAGCCUGCCUGAGAUGUGUUUUGGAGACCAGACAAUACAGUUUGGACCUGAUCAGGUGCCAAAUUCUGACAGUUUGGUGAAUGAUACUGCAAACAAGACUGAUUCAAUGAUGGAGAAAUUGAUGUCAGGUUUUGGUAUAUCCGGGAUGUUGGGAGCCGCUGAAAAGACAAAAAAGCCUGGUGAGAAUUCACCUGUGAAACCCGCUGUGGAAAACAAGACACCUGCUCAACCAGCCAAGGUCAAUCUGACGAUGGAGGAGAAACAGAAGUUGGCCCGAGAUCAAGAAACACAGGAACGCUUGAAAAGCCAACAACCGCUGCAAGCAAAGACCGCAACAUCUGCUCCAGCGAAAAACAAACCAAAAGAUCUGACAGCCUCACUCAAAAAUACAAACUUUAUGUCUUCAUCGACGUCAUCAAGUGGGUCAUACACGUAUGGUAUGACGUCUGCAGGAAGUAGUUUCAACUCGAUGUCUGGUGGGAUUGGGCGAGGUGGAGGGGCCUUUAGUGGUGCUCCUGCUACCAGUACAAUGUAUGGUGCAGGCAUACCUAAUAUGGCAGGGGGAACCAGUAUGUCCGGGAUGAACCAAUCUGGGUUUGGAACUAUGGGGUCAGGGUUCAACCAGCCAAAUAUGGGCAUGGGACAAGUGCAACAGAAGCCUCCGAAUAAGAAUGUCGACUUGUCUGCUUUUGAUAGUUUAUUAGAAACCUCCUCAAACCGGCCGCGACCAUCUUUGAAUCAGAUGUCGCAGAAGCCGCCGGGUCCAGUUUUGUCACCGGGCAUGAUGGGAGUGAACCAAGGCAUGAUGGGUAAUACAGGAAACAUGAUGAUGACACAGCCGAGGUUGAUGACGCAGCCGGGGAUGAUGGGGAACCAAGGCAUUAUGGGUAAUCAACCUAUGACACGAACGCCAAAUCCAUUUCUGAACCAAAAUAGUGGCAUGAUGAACAAUGCUCCCAACCAGGGUCAAAAACCUUCUGGUUCAGAAUUGGCCGACAUUUUUGGAUAGUAUGGUUGCUAUGUAUUAAAGACUUUGGGCAAUGUCUCGACCCUAUUGGAUGGCUAGUUCUUAUGGGUGGAAUUGCUCAAGUUAAUUUAUUAGAGAUUUAUGUGGUUGAAGUUCUGCUUUGGUUACUGGAGGUAGAACAAUACUGAUACUGAUGUUGGUACCACUGGCUGAGUGGUUGUUAUGACUGAUUAUUUUGAAGGAGACGGAGAUGGAUUUUAUCUUUGUUUAUAAAGCAUGAAGCAUAUUCAGAGUAUAUUGAGGUCACAUGAAGUUUAUUUGGUGUGACAUCGAAACACUAAUCCAGUCAAAAAAAAUAUGUGCAAUAAUGAUAUAUGCGUAGCCCUUUAGUGUCUUUGCUGAAGUUUGUAAAUACUGUGACAUACAUUUAAAAUCGGUACAUAUCUGUUAUCAUGUAUAAGUUAUGUUUAUGGAUCAGUAAUGUUACCAGACUGAACUUGGCAACUUAUUCCAGAUGUUGAAACUCCUCAUUCUUGGUUGGUAUUCCCAAUACUUGGAGAGUCAUGGUUUGGCUCAGCAUACCCACUGGAUUACCAACUUGGCUCCUCAAAUCAAUAGGGAAUAAGUCACCAAUCAUAUUCCGAUGUUCUUGCUGACGUCCCCAGACACAUGUACGUGUGGGACUUGGUCCCUGCAAGUGAUGGGAACAGUGGGGGUGGGGAGCUGUGUGUAAGCCACCAGUUCAGUUUGGUUGAUAAUUACCAGUGGCCUGUGCACCUGUAUGCAAUCUCUUUGUGUAUGAUUAUCAAAAUGGUGAACCUAGUGCUUUUCUUAGCAUUCCUUCCUUUAGGACCAUCCCAAAAUCACUUGAUGCUACCACCAAAUGGCCAUUGAUGGUAAGAACCCUCUUCUCCCCCUCUAGGGACCAACAAGAGAGCAUUGGUGUCAUGGAUAUUGCUUGCUUUUAUUUUGCCGAGCGAUUUUGCGAUGGUCCCAUAUUAACAUCGCGCGUCAACCUGACACGCUUUGUUAUUGAUAUCAUAUUAAUGUCUGUGAUGACAAUAAAUAACUGC